AUGCAAAAAGAUUUAUCAUCAAUUCCAUGGCCGAAUACACUUCGUGAUAGUAACGAUAUUCCAUCAACAACAUCCGAAUUCAAUUUGCCUUCAACAUUAAGUAGUGAACCGAUGGAUAUUGAUGUUGAACCUCGUCAAUCAAUUAUUCGAUCAACUGAACCUGAUCGUUCACAAGCACGAUAUAAUAAUUCUUCAAAUCAAAAUUAUGCUACUCAUAAACCAUUGAUGAAAUCAAUAAUUCGACCGGCUGACAAUGAUGAUGAUAAAAAUUCUUCUUUAGAACAAAAUGAACAAAUUUUUAAUGGAACUUUAAUCAACACUAAUAAUAAUAAUUCAAUAUCAGAAGCAGCUGGUUUUGAUUUAGGUCGAUUAGGAGAGAUUGAUGCUGAUGCACAAUUUGCUCUUCAACUUCAACAAGAAGAAUAUGAAAAAGAUAGUUUCAGACCAAGUCCACGCUCAUUUUUUCCAUUUCAAGUACAAGAAGAUGAUGAAUCACCUAUUGAAACUUUACAUCCUUUCUUCAAUACUACUGAACCACAUUUUGAAAAUGAUGAACAAUAUGCAGCAUAUUUACAAGAACAAGAAAGACGGCCUAGUCAACAAUAUAAUAAUCGAUUAAUACCACCACAUAUUCAAUUUCGACAACAAUCAAAUCCUGAAUUAUCAGAAACUUCAGCAACUAAUGAAUCUAACACUCCACCUAUUCAACCAUUUUUCAGAUUUCCUCAACGACGUUCUUCAAAUACUGAUGAUGAUAGUGAUGAAGAUAAUCCUUAUAGGGCAAUGACUUAUCCAUUUUUUCAAUUAUUUGCUAAUCAAGGUCGACCUUUACCAGGAAAUUUAGCUUCAAUAUUUCCUGGUUUUCGAGCACGUGGUCAUCGUCGUACAGGAAAUCUUCAAGAAAUUGAAGAAGAUUUUGGUCCAGAAGAUUAUGAACGAUUACUUCAACUUGAUGAUACAAUACAUAAAAAAAAAUUAACUGAACAUCAAAUUAAUAGUAUUCGACAAGAAAAAUUUAUUCCUAAUUCAAAUAAUACUGAUGAAGAAAAUAAAUGUGGUGUAUGUCUUGAACUUUUUGAAAAUCAACAAACAGUACGUCGAUUUCCGUGUAAUCAUAUAUAUCAUAAAGAAUGUGCUGAUCGUUGGUUACAAGAAAAUAAUGUUUGUCCCAUCUGUCGAGAACCACCAAUUCAUGUAUCAUCGUCAACAAAUCAACGUCACCAUAGAAGCAUCAACAAUAUGAGACGACCAGCAAACAAUAAUCGAGUUUUUAGCAAUCGAAAUAAUAAUAAUAAUAACAACAAUAGCACUGCUCAUAAUAACAAUAAUAAUAAUAAUAAUAAUAAUAAUAAUAAUUAUCAUCGAAGAGGACAAGCACCUCAACGUAAAUCGUGA